AAUCUCCUUUCGCCUGAGCGGAGGGAGGUGUGGUUUCAAAUAACUUUCACUCGGACAAUCAGGUGAAGUGAGAAGCCUGGUCCUGAGAUGAAAAGUGAUAUUUCCAAUCCCAUGUUAAUGUGGCUGGGGAGAGCUCGGGGACCCAUUAACCAGGAGGUGGAGGUGACCUUUCCGUCCUAGCUCGGUGACCCGUCAGGUAUCCAAACCCUGCUCUUCCCCUCGGGCUGCUCCGGAGAGACUCUCAGCGCCAGGGAGUGCCCACGAUUUCACUGUUCAUCCGUUUGCAGGGAGGGAAAAAUCCCCACACUGGCAGGGUGAUGCCAAACUCGGUGUGAGUGGGAAGAGCGGAGCAGCUGCUGGAAUGAGAUGCCAAAGCAGCUCCCCUUUCCCCUGCGCUUUUGGGUGCCUAUAAAUUGCUUCGGCGCCUUUGUCAGCCUCCUCUUCUCCUGGCAGGUGGCAAGCGGGCAGGCUCCAGCGCUCACUCUGUCGGCAGCUCCGCACCCAGCCAGCAGCCCCGCAGAGCGCCCGCGGGUGCGCGUUGCAGGAAGAAAGCAGGAACCGCGAGGAGGGGACGGGGCCGCUGCCGCGAGGGGGGAUUUUUCGUGCGCCCUUGCAAGUUUCACCAGCCGGCGCUGCCUUGGGAGACUUCUUGUCGCUGCAGAAAAAAAAAAGGAGGGGGGCAGGAAAGCGGGGCGAUCGCGAGGGGCGCGAAGAGGCCGGCGCGAGGGAAAGUUGAUUCGAAGUGGCACCGUAUGCAAAAAAAAAAAAGUCGAUCGCCAGCAGGAGCAUAAAAGUGUGAGCGGCUCCGGCGCGGGGCUGCAGCUCCCUGCGCGCUAGAGCAGCGACAGCCACAGGUGCCCGGGGCUCAGACUUUGCCUUGUGGAGAGGCCGCGGGCACUUUCCUCGCCCCAUCGCCGCAGGAGCGGAGCCGGGGGGCUCGGGCUCGCCAGGGGUUUCGGGGUGUUUUCGGCUCUGAGAAGGUCCCCGCCCAACCAGCAAGAUUUUGUCCAAAAGCAGGCAGGAGGAUCGCCCUGCGCUGAGCCGGCUGGUGGGCAGCAGGCGGCGGCUGAUCGCGGCCGGCGCCCUGGGGGUGGUCAUGGUGCUGCUGCUGGUCAUCCUCAUCCCGGUGCUGGUGAGCUCGGCCGGCACCUCGGCCCACUACGAGAUGCUGGGCACCUGCCGCAUGGUCUGCGACCCCUACGGCGGCACCAAGGCGCCCAGCACGGCGGCCACGCCCGACCGCGGCCUCAUGCAGUCCCUGCCCACCUUCAUCCAGGGACCCAAGGGCGAGGCCGGCCGCCCGGGCAAGGCGGGGCCCCGCGGGCCGCCCGGGGAGCCGGGGCCGCCCGGGCCGGUGGGGCCCCCGGGGGAGAAGGGCGAGCCCGGGCGCCAGGGCCUGCCAGGUCCCCCCGGGGCGCCGGGGCUGAACGCGGCCGGGGCCAUCAGCGCCGCCACCUACAGCACUGUGCCCAAGAUCGCCUUCUACGCCGGCCUCAAGCGCCAGCACGAGGGCUACGAGGUGCUCAAGUUCGACGACGUGGUCACCAACCUGGGCAACCACUACGACCCCACCACGGGCAAGUUCACGUGCUCCAUCCCCGGCAUCUACUUCUUCACCUACCACGUGCUGAUGCGGGGCGGCGACGGCACCAGCAUGUGGGCAGAUCUCUGCAAGAACAACCAGGUUCGAGCUAGUGCAAUUGCUCAGGAUGCUGAUCAGAACUACGACUAUGCCAGUAACAGCGUGGUUCUUCAUUUGGAGCCAGGAGAUGAAGUUUACAUAAAAUUGGAUGGAGGAAAAGCACAUGGAGGAAACAACAACAAAUACAGCACAUUUUCUGGAUUUAUUAUUUAUGCUGACUGAUUAUGAGUUAAAAACUAAGCUUGUUCUUCUGAGAGAUGGAUUCACGUGGCAAAAGUCAAUGAAUCAAGAAUCUAGCGGAUACAGACCAUGGGACACCUCAGUAGUGGGGGAAAAUCAAAUGCUACCUGACUCACAUCUGUAUGACACAGAAACCUUAUAUUAAAAUAUAUAUAUAUAUAUAUAAAGCAAGUUAAACAGAUGUGUGAUCCACUACCGCCAAAGCAAAUACUUAUUGUUAGUGUCGAUGUGAAUGAAGUCCUAUAUAGAUCACAAAUUUUUAUAGGAAAAUCUAAAAACACUGAAUUAUUUCUUCAGUAUAUACGAUACUUCGAUGUAUUAUGAUCUUGCUGCUUUAUCCAUACGUCAGCUUUGGUUCUUGUGACUUACCCGCUAACUAUGAUGCUUGGAGUCCACUCAUAGUGAGGAAUGAGUUUACAAUAAAAGGAAGAGAUGACCACCGCUACAGAGUGGUUGGCAGCAAAGCCUUGGAGAUUUCUCAUGUAGGUGUCAAAUAACAAGGUUUCAAGCAAAAAAUCAUUUAUAACUAGCAAUGCACAUUCACCAAGAAGUGACCAGGAAUACUUCAUUACCACAGGACAUCAAAAGCUGGACACGUGAAAGAAUAAGCUGUUGAAAUGAGAUUGGCAUUGCUAACACACAAUCUUUUCUUUUGAUAAAUAAAUAUUUACCCCUGUUGUGGUCUAGAGGAAAGAACAAAUAUUUAAAUGAAAAACAUAUAUAAGGCAAACAUUUCUUUUUUGAAUCACAUCUUGACAAACUGAUUUGUAAACUGAUUAAAUCAUGGCCUUUGUUAUAAUUGUAACAACUCAUUAAAUUGUAUUAUGUAAUAUA